AUGGGGUCGCUCCAGGCGCGCGAAAUGGAAGAACUAUAUGUUUAUUCAGGCGAGAACAUGCCACGGGUCCGGUUGUGCCUCCUCCGGCGUUACUCGUGCGUGGAAGAAGUUGAGGCGUACGUGGGGCGGGUGCAGGACCGUUAUACACUGCGGCUCGGGACCGUGGAGACAAUCACGGGGAACCUUAAGAUCGGGUGCGACACGCACGCGGACUGCGAGGCGUGCCCGUUCUAUAUCUUGGAAUACAACGAGGUGACGACCGAAUAUUCGUUGUGGAAGGCCGCAGAUGCGGACUGGCGGCUGGACAGCAUCGUGGCGACGAUGUACACGGGCGCGGGCGGGCCCGCGCGCGAGCGCGGGGGGCUGCCGCGGGAAUUGCAGGGGCUGCGGGAGGGGCUUGACAUGGAGUAUGUCUGGGAUUGUUUACGGCGGCUCAACCUCCCGCUCGAGCAGAUAGACUGGGCCGAGUUCCGCGAGCUGUUGGAGAGCAUGUUGGCGGCUAAGCGUGUGGCAGACGAUGAUUGUGUAACCUUGCGUGGUGUGGUCGCGUUGGCUGCCCUCCAGGCCACCGUGCAGACCAGUAAGCGCGCCGUGCGUAGCCAACUACGAGCAUAUGACCGCCGCGUCCGUGCCGCCUCCACGCCAGCCUCCACGCGCACGUCCUCCCCGGAAAGCCUGUUGCCCGCCGACUCGCGAGAAUCCUCUGUAUCAAGCGUCCACUACACUUACGGCCUGCCAGCCACUCAGUUAGACGCCAACUUUAAAACAUACUUUCGCUCUAUGGCAGAGAACUUCGAGCUGUUCGAGGAGCCCGCUUUAGCCCUUCGUGGCCGCGUGGCCAAACCCCGGAAGAAAGCAGCCGGUCGGCACGGCCAUAGGCCUGUCCAGGCAUAG